AUGGCCAUCCCAGCUGUGGCCGUCGGGCUGAGGGCUCCCUUGCAUGCUGAGGGGGGCCCCUCUGUGGUCCCUCUACGGCAUACGUUCAGCCAGGCGGAGACGAGGGAUGGGACCCACGCUUCACGAAGCGUGGAUGUAUCUCGUGACGGUUCGCACGAGGCGAACUGCCGCCGCUGCUCUAAUUGCAGCUGUGGCGCAGGUGCUGGAGGGGGCAGGGCGCCUCCUCGGAAGCCGUUGUUCGAGGUGUCUGCUGCUGACGCGUCUAUCGUUGCUUCUGUAGCAGCUUUGUUGCAGCACCUGGGUAUGCAAAACAGCUCUGAAGGGUGCGGGGCGCCUUGCUUUCUCAGUGCCACAGAGCCAAUGAUCAGCAUGCCGGACUACUUGGAGCGUUUGGCUCGUUUUUUUCAGUGCAGUGGGGAGUGUUUUGUGCUGGCCUUGGUUUAUAUUGACAGGCUGCUCCAGAUGAACAGCAACGUGUGGCUGUGUCCUCUCAACUUGCAUCGUCUGGCGGUAACAGCCCUGAUGGUUGCUGUAAAAUUUGCGGACGACACAUUCUACUCGAACGCGUAUUAUGCGAAGGUUGGGGGCCUCCCUCUGCAGGAGAUGAACCACCUUGAGGCCACGCUGCUGCGCAUGCUGCACUUCAGGCUGCAUGUCAUGCCAUGGGAAUUUCACAAGUACUUCAGACUCGUGUUGGACUCCCCUUUUGCCACGAGGCGGCCGCGCGCCAUCUGCUGGAACAGCAGUCAGCCCCAGCCGCCAGCUGCAGCAGAUAGUGGAUCCAGCAGCAGUGGCAGCAGCAGCAACAACGGUCUUGAAGGGCUGACCUGUGGCAGCAGCAGCAGGGGCAGCAGCAGUGGCAAAGCGCCGCAGCAGCAGUGCGGGAACACGUGCUGCUCUCCGUCUUCUUCUGGAUCGACUGGAUGUUUCUCGGGUAGUUCCCAGUCCGUUUCACCGCCCUCUACACCGGAGGCUUCUGCUGUCACGAAAUCUCCGCUGCAGCAGCAGGAGCUAGCUAGUAGCAGCAGCAGUAGCAGCUGGUGUUCACCCGAGCAGUUGGUCAAGCGUCCAGCGGACGACGAGCAUUCCGUCCCUGAAGAGCAUAUGCACCAAGUAGAACGGCGGGGCUGCAGGGGGGAAGAGCUUUGA